CAUAGGACAUUCAAUGAUAAAUAAUAUGAGAUUUUUUGUUGUUGAAUUUAGGAUGCACCAAAUGUGUUGUCAGCCAGAAAUUUUGUGGGAUGGUAUAAUGGCCUACCAGAAGAUAGCAAUUUAUCAGUUGACCUUGACACAGAUACAGCUCUAGUUUUAGGACAUGGCAAUGUGGCACUAGAUGUUGCAAGGAUUCUCCUCACUCCGAUUGACAUUCUUGCUAAAACAGAUAUAACAGAAUACAGUCUGGAGAAGUUAAGAAAAAGUCGUAUAAAGCGUGUAAUUCUCGCUGGUAGAAGAGGUCCACUACAAGUUGCAUUUACCAUAAAAGAACUCAGGGAAAUGAUCAAACUUCCUGGUACCAGGCCUGUACUGCAUAACAAUGAUUAUAUAGGCUUGGAUGAUGUUGUUAAAGAUGUGCCUCGACCAAGAAAACGUCUCACAGAAUUGUUACACAAAACAGCUUUGAAUCCUUCAGCAUCAGAUCAUAAAUUUUGGGAAAGUGCUACAAAGGAAUGGGAGUUACGAUUUAGACUUAGCCCACUAGAAAUUCUUACCAACAGCUCAACAGUUUCAGGUGUCAGAUUUGGAGUUAACAGAUUAGAGGGGACAGAUUUAAUGACACAGCGGGCAGUAUUGACAGAGGAGAGAGAAGAUAUAUCAUGUGGUCUUGUGUUACGUAGCAUAGGGUAUAGAAGUAGGCAGAUAGAUCCAGAAAUACCCUUUGAUGAAACACAGGGUGUGAUAAAAAAUGAACAGGGACGGGUAAAAGGAAAAACUGGUUUAUAUUGUAGUGGCUGGGCAGGGCGAGGACCUGUUGGUGUUAUAUUAGGAACAAUGACAGAUGGUUUUGAAGUAGGCAAACUGAUUCUGAAAGAUAUAGAGGAUAAUAAACUACACUUACAGGCUGGCAGAGAUGGUGCAUUACAAUUACUGCAGGAUAGAGGUGUAACAACAGUUUCUUUCAAUGACUGGGAGAAGAUUGACAAUAUAGAGAAAGAUGCAGGAGAAAAAAUUGGGAAACCCAGGGAAAAAAUAGUUUAUACUGACAAAUUGUUGAGCAUUGCCAAGUCUUAGACCAACAAGUGUAAACAAGUGUAAUGUCAUAUAAUCACUGCCAUGUUUCAUGUUGUAAAAAACUGUCAUACAUCUACUUGCAUAAUUAUUUUGUUGUUAAUUCAUUUAUAGUCUAUUAUUAUUCAUACAAAUUAGUUUAUUAAGACAUAUAAUGUUAGCAUUAUAUAAAUGCCUUUCAGUAUCAAAGUUCAAUAUUAAUUAUUUUAAUUUGCAAUGACUAUGUGUCUUAUAAAUUAAACAGAUUGUUUCAGUUACUAUCGCAAAAAUAUGA